CUGCUUUGCUAUAACCAGGAAGAGGUCUUUUGCUUGGACAACAUGUCUUAUAGUGUUAGACAGAGCUAUAGUUCAGGCUCCUACUCUGCAGGCCAAGGUGGCGGCAAGAGUGGAGGCUAUGGCCAGUGUGGUGUAGGAGGUGGUGGUUAUGGUAGUGGCAUGAUAAGUGGUGGUGGCUAUGGUAGUGGUGGUGGUGGUGGCGGCGGAGCUGGCUAUGGUGGUGGAGCAGGAUAUGGAGGUGGUGGCUAUGGUAGUGGUGGCGGCGGUGGAGCUGGCUUUGGUGGCGGAGCAGGUGGUGGAGGCUAUGGUGGUGGCUCUGGAGUUGGUGGAGGUAGUUUUGGAGGUGGCUUUGGAGUUGGCGGAGGUGGCGGAGGUGGCUUUGGAGUUGGCGGAGGUGGCGGAGGUGGCUUUGGAGGUGGCAUUGAUAGCUUCUUCUCUGGCAAUGAGAAGCAAACAAUGCAGAAUCUCAAUGAUCGGCUGGCCGCCUACCUGGAUAAAGUCCGUGCAUUGGAGGAGGCGAAUGCUGAGCUUGAACGUAAGAUUAAGGAGUGGUACGAAAAGAAUCGUCCCGGGAGCGAAACGGGUGAAAAAAGGGACUACAGCAAAUAUUACGUAAUAAUUGAGGAUCUAAAAGCUAAGAUUCUUGCUGCGACUAUUGCAAAUGCGACCAUAGUGUUGCAGAUUGACAAUGCAAGGUUGGCUGCUGAUGACUUCAGGAUGAAGUAUGAGAAUGAGUCGGCCCUUCGCCACAGUGUGGAGGCUGACACUAAUGGCCUGCGUCGGGUCCUGGAUGAUCUGACUCUUGCAAAUUCUGACCUGGAAUCGCAGGUUGAAAGUCUUACCGAAGAACUGGCUUACCUGAAGAAGAACCACGAGGACGAGGUUAAAAAUGUACAAGGAACGACAGUGGGCGAAGUCAACGUUGAAAUGAAUGCAGCACCGGGUAUAGACCUGACCAAACUUCUAAAUGACAUGAGAGCCCAAUACGAGGCCCUGGCUGAGAAGAACCGCAAGGAUGCUGAAGACAGAUUCAACCAAAUGAGUGGCGAAUUGGUUAAAGAAAUAUCCGCGGGGGCGACACAAGUGCAAACAAGCACAAGCGAAGUAUCAGAACUACGAAGGACACUUCAAGCCUUGGAGAUCGAAUUACAGUCGCAGCUUGCCAUGAAACAAUCUCUAGAGCAGACACUAGCAGAGACAGAAGGCCGUUACUGUGUCCAGCUUGCACAGCUACAAGCUCAAAUCGCUAGUGUGGAGGAGCAGCUGGCCAACAUUCGAGGAGACCUGGAGUGUCAGCGUGCCGAGUACGAGCAGCUGCUGGACAUUAAGACCAGGCUGGAGAUGGAGAUUGAGACGUACCGCAAGCUCCUGGAGGGCGAAGGGGGUAUCGGUCAAGGCAGCAGUUCCGGGCGAGGCACCAGUUCGGGGCGAGGCAGCAGUACAGUACAACAAUCACGUGGUUCGGGUUCAACAUCCAGUACGGGAUCUGUGACCAAAAGAAGAGUUAAACAGGUUAUUGAAGACAUCGUUGAUGGAAAGGUUGUGGCAACCAGAACAAUAGAUGUGGAACAAUAGGUGUGAGAGACGGGAAGGCCACCAUUUUCAAGGAUGAGAAGAAUCCAUGGCGUUCUUUGUUUUGGGCUUCCUAUGGGUGCCACAGGUGUUUCACUGUCAGUAUGUCUGUCUGAAGUCACUUUUUGUCUGCUCAAUGUUACUUCCCUUCUGUUUUCAUAACUUACCAAAUAAACACUUUUCUGAUGCAAGAUAA